AUGCUGGACCGGCCACUGGACUUUGCCGUGAACUGUUUGUUCUAUGUGGAUCUGUUCUUGAACUUCUUCAUUAGCUACAAGGACGCCAAGGGCGUCGAAGUCGUGGACCUGCGGCAGACCUCCACGUACUACCUGAGGACAUACUUUCUCCCGAACUUGGUUGCCUGUAUUCCGCCGCAACUGCUGGAAGCCAUGCUUUCUGCCGACGUGCACACCGAUAUCUUGGAGGUGGCGCGUUUCACCCGGCUUCAGCGCAUGUCGCGCCUGGCGCGGCUGGUGCGCCUGAUUCAGCUCUCGAAGCUGAUCAGAUUCCUGGAUGAAAGCCCAAUGGUCGUGAACUUCCGGAACCUCCGUGGUGUGAGGAUCAUCAACUUGUUCUGCAUGCUCUCCUGGGUCGCUCACAUGAUUUGCUGCGGCUGGUACCUCGUGGCGGCCCUGAACACACAUACGCCGUACGAGGAUACCUGGCUGGGCAUGCGCAUCUCCGACUCGAGCGGGGGAAACCUCCUGUACCGCGGGGACGGCACAGAAGUUUCGCCCCAGGCGCAAUGGCUCCACUCCUUCUACUUUGUCCUGACGGUCUUCACCACUGUGGGCUUUGGCGACAUGUCGGCUUUCACCGCUCCAGAGCUGGUCUACCUCUGCGGCACCAUGCUGCUGGGCGCCAUUGUGAACAGUGUGAUCUUGAAUGAAGUCAUCACCACGCUGACGCGCCUGGAUGAGAGCGCCACACGCGUGAUGCAGCAGAUGCAGGUGGUGGCGGACUUCUCGGAGCACUGCAACUUGGAUCGGCCUCUGCGAAAGCAGCUCCUCGGAGCCGAAGCAAACCACAGCCCGUUUUUGUUGCGCGCCAUGUUCAAUCAGCAGGUGGGGCUUCAGAGCCUGCUGAAAGAUGGCGGCAAACACUUUUCCGGCGUGGAUGAGGCCUUGCUGAAGAACAUCGAGGCAUGCAAGAACUUGGCACAGAUCACGAAGACCUCAUUGGGGCCCUUCGGCAUGAACAAGCUCAUCGUGAACCACCUGGGCAAGCACUUCGUCACCAGCGACACCAACACCAUCGUCACAGAGAUGGAGGUCAUGCACCCCGCAGCCAAGCUGGUUGUCAUGGCGGCAAAGAGUCAGGAGCAGGAGAGCGGGGACGGCACCAACUUCUGCGUGAGCCUCGGCGGGGAGCUGCUGCUGCGCGCGGAAGAGCUGCUGAAGGAGGGCAUCCAUGCCAACGAUGUCUACAAGGGCUACGAGCUGGCGAGGGACAAAGCCUUGGAGCUUUUGGACCAGCAAGUGGUUUGGUCUUGCGAAGACCUGAGGAGCGUGGAGCAGCUGACCAAGUGCGUGCAGACGGCCAUCAGCUCCAAGCAGCUGGGCUGCGAGGGCCCCUUGGCCAAGCUGGUGGCCGAGGCCUGCGCCCGCGUGAUGCCCCCCACGCCCAGCCGCUUCGACGUGGACAACGUCCGCGUCACCAAGGUGCAGGGCGGCAACCUGAACUCCUCCUUCGUGGUGGAGGGCAUGGCCAUCGCGCGCCGCAGCAGCGGCGUGGAGACCCACAAGGAGAAGACCAAGGUGGCGAUCUACGCGGAGUCGUUGGACUUGGGCAGCACCGAGACCAAGGGCACGGUGCUGCUGGAGAACGCGGAGCAGCUUAUGAACUUCAGCAAGGGCGAGGAGCAGAAGAUGGAGGAAAUGAUCAGGUCCAUCAAGGAAGUGGGCGUGGAGGUGGUCAUCUGCGGGGGCACCAUCUCGGAUAUGGCGCUGCACUUCCUGAACAAGUACAAGAUCUUCGCCCUGAAGAUCUCCUCCAAGUUCGAGCUCCGGAGGAUCUGCCGCACCGUGGGCGCCACCUCCAUCGUCCGCUCCGGGCCCCCGGUGCCGGAGGAGUGCGGCUACGUGGAGUCCAUCAAGGUGGAGGAGAUCUCCUCGGAGAAGUUCACCAUCAUCAAGACCCGGGACUCCAAGAUCUCCACGGUGGUGCUGAGGAGUGCGGCUCCUAACAUGCUGGACGAGCUCGAGAGAGCUGUGGACAACGCCGUGAACGUGGUGCGAUGCACCACCCGUAACCCUAGAUUUGUGGCAGGCGCAGGUGCCACAGAGAUUGAGCUGGCGCACCAGCUGCAGCAGUUCGGCGCCACGGUGCCGGGGCUGGACCAAUACGCCGUGCUCAAGUUCGCGGAGGCGCUGGAAGUGGUGCCAAAGAUUUUGGCGGAGAACGCGGGGCACAACCACGUAGAUGCCAUCACAGCCUUGUACGCAGCUCACCAGAAGGGCGAGAAGGCAAUGGGCAUCGACGUGGACGGCCCGCUGAUCUGCAACGCGGCGGAGAAGGGGAUUUUGGACCACUGCGAAACCAAGAGGUGGGCAAUUCGGUUCACGCUGGACGCCAUCCUCACCGUUCUCAAGGCCCGACAAUCAUGGGAACGAGCAGUGGGCGGGCGGACGGGCGGAUGGCUCGUGCGGUGGGCGCGGGAGAGCCGUGCAGACAAGCACGACUGGGACCGGGAGUGGAUGCGGGAGAUUCUGACCAACGGGCGUAUGCCCAGCCGUCUUGUCCAUCAGUUGCCUUCCGCGCUCUUCUCCGGCAGACUCAUGUCCAACAGGUUCCUCACGGUGUGCCGGGGGAAGUUCCGUCACGGGCUGCCGCCGCGGUUCUACAUGAUCUUGGCUCUGCACCUGGAGGUCCUCGACUUUGAGCGAAAACAGGUGGUCUACCACUGCAACGAUCAGGCCUUCAGCAUUUACCUCGUCUUGAAAGGCGUGUUUGCCAACAUCGCCCUGCCAAGCCCCGACGGGGGUGUCAUUGAGAAGACAGACUUCAUGAGGGGCCUGGAUCCCAAGACAAAGACGCGACUGAAGCGCCAGUCCACCUCCGACUUCCUCAGAAGACGUGUGGAGCAGAACGACGAAGCUUUGCAGCUCCGCAUGGACAGGCUGUCGCCCUACCAGCUCUUCUGCGAGGGCAGCUACUUCGGCGACGUGGAGGUGAUGGCGUUUCCGCCAGAGCAACGUCGGAGCUCAGUCCGCUGCGAGCACGACGGGAAGCUGCUGCAGCUACACCGGGACAAGUUGGAUCGCUUGCUCCAGGAUUUCCCGCGCUGCAUGCGCACCUGGCAGGCGAAGGCUGGGCAGCAUGAGGCGCAGCGGAAAUCCAAGCUCAAGCAGUUGGUGGAGCCGCUGGACUUCUUUGAGCUGGCCAGCCGAGACAUCCAGCGAGCAGUGGUCAACAUUUGGCGGCACAAAGGCUCCAAGAGCUCGCUGAGCUCCAAAGGCUCGAAGAACUCCAACAACUCCAGUGGCACCAAUGGCUCGGAUACGAAGGUCGCGCAGGCGGUUUCCCCAGUUUCGGAGGAGGACAUGACGUGGUCCCGCUCACUCCGCGACACAGAUGCCGACUCCACCCUGCGGCAGGAGGUGCAGGAGGUCAAGGGCCGGUUGAGCGACAUGAGCCGACAAAUGCUGCAGCUCAAGGGUGGGAUGGUCCACAUGCAGGAGAGCUUGGCCGAAGUCGUCUCAUUGCUCACAAAGAAGGGGCGGCCUGGCCAAGAUCCUGUCAGCACCCUGUGA